AUGGUCAGAAAGGCCUCGAAGGCUUCUCAAGAAAAGCCGCUCCUUGGAGCGCUUUUCUGCUGUACAUCGAUCGCGCCUGAAGAUCGCAGCCACCUUGCAGAAUGGGCUGAAGAGCUUGGAGCUGACCACAGCCUCGACCUUACUUCCGACGUGACACAUCUCCUCGUCGGCGCUACAGACUCAGACAAAUAUAGAUAUGUUGCAAGAGAUAGGGAAGAUGUCAAGGUGCUUUUGCCCGAGUUCCUUGCCGCAGUUCGAGCGUCGUGGAUGGAAGAUCAACCUAUUGACUUGAAUGCGCUGGAAGCAGAGUACAAGGUCCCGACAUUAUUCGGCUUGAAGAUUUCCUUCACUGGCUUUGGAGACCUCGCUUUUCGAGAUAAACUGGCCGAGGAUAUCGUGAAAAAUGGCGGAGAAUAUACGGGCGACAUGACCAGGCAGGUAACUCACCUGAUCGCGAAUGCACCAGAAGGCAAGAAGUAUGAAUACGGGACAAGUUGGGGCUUGAAGAUUGAUAGCAGAGAUCGUGGCAUGCAGCUCGAUGAGAAGAGAUAUCACCCCACCAUGCCUCCAGAACAACAAGGUGUUGGUGCUUGGAACCGAAAUCCGACCAGAAGUCCUAGGCUAGGCAAAAGAUUACGCCAAGACCAGCCCGAGGAGAAGACAAUUCGAAAGCUACGCCGAACUGCUAGCGCUAGGUUUGGUAGCCAGCACGAUGAUGUGUGGAAUGAUAUUGUGAAUGGACGUGCUGCACAACCGGAAGAUCCAGCUGACACGUUGCGAGCUUCAAAGUCUACGUCGGACAUAAAUAAUGAAGGAAUAGCGACUGCGAGUCGAGAAGAUAACCCCUCAGCAGCACCCCAGCCUCUACAACCUCGACAACAGCAAACUGCUACUGGCAUUCUAGCUGGUAAACAUUUCACCGCCAAAGGUUUUGACGAUAGAAGAAGGACAAUUCUCUACCAGCAUUUAUCUGGACAUGGAGGUACCUUGCACGACAGACUUUCCGAGUUACGCCAGGAAGCUCAAAAUGGACCCGAAUCCUGUUUCUUGAUUGUUCCGUAUCAGAUAGAAAGUGAUCAGCUAAAGAUACUCGAGCAGUAUCCUUGUAAUGUAACCAUUGUUACCGAACUGUGGUUGGAGCACUGCAUUUCCGUCAAAGCCUUCACCCCGCCAGAUGACUAUGUACUGGGUCAACCGGCAGGAGCGAUCAAUGUUCCUGCCAUCUCAAAACUUGUGGUGAACGCAAGUGGCUUUCCACAAAUACAAACACUGCACAUCGCCAAAAUGAUUGCCAAGCUAGGGGCAAGCUACCAGGAGACAUUUACCCCAAAGACAACAGUCCUGAUCAUUCAAUCCUCCAACUUCAAUCAGACAAAGGCUGAUUAUGCUGAGGCUUGGCGACUGCCAGCCGUUACGGAGAAAUGGUUGUGGCAACUCAUCAAAACUGGACGAAUCCCAGCAUUUGAGCCGUACCUGAACUACGGGUCCAGAAAACCGCCACAGAAACCUUUAUCGCGUAGAGGAGAUGUGCAACAACGAAGCGAGCAAGAUCGAGGACGUGUGGUCGAGCAACAAUAUAUGCCCGAGCAAGAGAAAGAGUCGUCGAAAACUACAAGAACGGCGGCCGAUCAGCCUGGAAAGACUGGAUUGAGUGACGGCUUCGAACCAGUUAACAUCGACAACGCUGAAGUCAAUGCGAGUAUUCACGGUUUCAACGAGACAGGCGGUAAUAGCUUGAAGAGAGUUACAGAACGUAACAUGUCUGACGAUGCCGCUAGAUUUGUGUCAGGGCCUCUACAGGAAAUUUCUGCCAACAUUCAAAACAAACCGGUGUCGUCGAAGAAAACGAAGAAGAAGCUGUUUCAGACGUUCGAUGGCGCGGGAGAGUCAUCUGCAAAAGAACAAGCCAUACCAUUACCCGAGGCACGGCAGGACGAGCAUGAGGUGGUGCCAAUACAGAUUGGUGAAGAACUAGACUGGACGCUCGUGGAGCACGAAGACGUUAUGGACGACAAUACCUUAGCAGCAGAACACGAAACCGACCAAGCACGAUCUGAAGAUACGAUAGCUGAAGCUGAAGCAUCCACUGAUUCCUAUACAAAUGCCAAGCAAACGAAAGCAAAAGCAGAUACACAGGCGGUGGACAGUCAGUCACGAUCGAACCUUAUUCAGGAGUUCCUUGCGGUCAAGGCUGCUGCUGCGGCUCGUACAGCUGCGGAAGCUGAGAAUCGAUCAAGUUCAGGAAAUUCGAACAAGAAGCUUCUAAGUCGUGCCCUGAGUAAUGCCUCCAACUCUUCGAGACGAUCUGGCAACAACGAACAGCAAGACAAGGAAGACUUUAAGCAACCACUAUCUCGCGCAAGCUCAGUCAAUAGCAUGAAUACGGACGGCUUGGGCAUGCCUUUGAGCAUGAUGAGCCGUAUUCCUUCGAAUCUGAAGAAGUCGCCUGUCAAAGUCAAAAAUUCAUUUAGCCUGAAGGGCAAUGCAGCGCGCAACUCAGACGCAGGUCCGCUCAAGCUAGCCGGCCAAACGAGUAAGAAAGGCAUGACAGAAGCUGAAUUUGCUGCUGCCCUCACCACAUUCUCCACCUCCCAGAUACCCAAGCCACCGUCUCCUUCUCAACAAAUUGCCGGCCUUACCUAUGCAGAUACCGACGAAGCCGCUACGCUCAAAGCUAGUCUGGCACAGAAACGCAAAGAGCGAGCGAGACUCGGACAGCAAGAUGGUGAUGCGAGCCCUGAUUUGAGCAGGGAGGAAAGCGAGGAGAAGCGACAAUCCGCAUGGAAAGAGAAGAUGAAAGGACGAACUAGACAUGAAGACUUGAAUGGUUGGGACAAAGUCGGUGGGUUCAGUGUCAGUGGAUUGCUUGAUGAUGAGAGUAUCGUUGGUGGAGGGAGGAGGACACGAGGACGAGAGAAAGCACUUAGGAAAGUGCUUGAGGACGAGAAGGGUGAAGGUGAGAUUGAGGCUGGAACCUGGGGCCGCGGAGUGCUUGAAUAA